CGAAGCGGCGGCGGCCGGCGGCUCCGGAGCGAAGAUGGCGGACGUGCUGAGCGUGCUGCGGCAGUACAACACGCAGAAGAAGGAGAUCGUGGUGAAGGGCGACGAGGUGAUCUUCGGCGAGUUCUCCUGGCCCAAGAAUGUCAAGACUAACUAUGUCAUCUGGGGGACAGGAAAAGAAGGCCAACCCAGGGAAUACUACACUUUGGAUUCUAUCUUGUUCCUGCUCAAUAAUGUGCACCUUUCCCAUCCAGUUUAUGUCCGCCGUGCUGCAACUGAAAACAUUCCUGUGGUGAGAAGACCUGAUAGGAAAGACUUGCUUGCCUACCUAAAUGGGGAAACAUCAACCUCAUCGAGCAUAGACAGAAGUGCUCCACUUGAAAUUGGUCUUCAGCGGUCCACUCAAGUUAAAAGAGCAGCGGAUGAAAUAUUGGCAGAAGCCAAGAAACCAAGAAUAGAGGAUGAAGAGUGUGUGCGUCUUGACAAGGAGCGGUUGGCAGCUCGACUGGAAGGACACAAAGAAGGCAUUGUGCAGACAGAGCAGAUUAGGUCCUUGUCUGAAGCCAUGUCAGUGGAAAAAAUUGCUGCUAUCAAAGCAAAAAUCAUGGCAAAGAAAAGAUCCACUAUCAAAACUGACCUGGAUGAUGACAUAACUGCUCUUAAACAGAGAAGUUUUGUUGAUGCUGAAGUGGAUGUAACCAGAGAUAUUGUCAGCAGGGAGAGAGUAUGGAGGACAAGAACUACAAUCCUACAAAGCACAGGCAAGAACUUUGCCAAGAAUAUUUUUGCAAUUCUUCAGUCAGUAAAAGCCAGAGAAGAAGGUCGAGCACCUGAGCAAAGACCUGCACCGAAUACAGCACCAACGGAUCCCACCUUAAGAAAUAAGCAACCUAUUCCAGCUGCCUACAACAGAUAUGAUCAGGAAAGAUUCAAAGGCAAAGAGGAAACGGAAGGCUUUAAAAUUGAUACCAUGGGCACCUAUCACGGGAUGACUCUGAAGUCUGUAACGGAAGGUGCUUCUGCUCGAAAAACACAGACUCCAGCAGCACAGCCUGUACCACGACCAGUUUCUCAAGCAAGACCACCUCCAAACCAGAAAAAAGGAUCUCGAACUCCAAUAAUCAUUAUUCCAGCAGCCACGACGUCUUUAAUAACGAUGCUUAAUGCAAAGGACCUUCUGCAAGAUCUGAAGUUUGUACCUUCAGAUGAAAAGAAGAAACAAGGCUGUCAACGAGAGAAUGAAACUCUAAUACAGAGAAGGAAGGACCAGAUACAGCCUGGAGGGACUACAGUCAGCGUUACUGUACCUUAUCGAGUAGUAGACCAACCUCUGAAACUUAUGCCACAGGACUGGGAUCGUGUGGUGGCAGUGUUUGUACAAGGUCCUGCUUGGCAGUUCAAAGGCUGGCCUUGGCUCUUGCCUGAUGGAUCACCUGUUGAUAUCUUUGCAAAAAUCAAAGCUUUUCAUCUCAAAUAUGAUGAAGUCCGUCUCGACCCCAAUGUACAGAAAUGGGAUGUGACAGUGCUAGAACUGAGCUACCACAAAAGGCACUUGGACAGACCAGUAUUCCUACGCUUCUGGGAAACUCUGGACAGGUAUAUGGUAAAGCACAAAUCUCACUUGAGAUUCUGAAUCCUUCGGCUGCCAUUUAUUUCCUGAAGUAUGGGUUGAGAACAUGAAAGGGGAUCCAGUCUGGAGACCAGUGCUCGCACUAUAUGAUAUGUUAAGAACUUUGCAAAUGAAGAAGGGUCACAGUUUAAACUUUUUAUAAAAUCUUGCUAGGAUGCUUCACGCUGUGGCAGGCUGAUACCUGUCGUGACUCAGAAGCAAAGGGGUUUUGCUUAAAACUAUUUUUUUAAUGUUGUUAGCCUUCUAGUCUGCGAUCCAAAUUGUAUAUUUUGAUAGCAGCAGUUUCUUCUCUUUGGUUUUGUUUCAAUUUAGGCCACAUUUUUAAAUAACUGUGUUUUGAUCCUUAUUAGAAAAUAGAUGGCUCUUUACUGCAGGUUCAAACCGUGCAUGUGUGCCCGUGCGCACAUGUGUGUGUAUAUAUGUGUGUGUGUCCGUGUGUCUAUAUAUAUAAUGUAUAAAAACAAAUCAUAGACACACUUAAGAACACACAGAUGUUAUCAGGCUUUCUAAACCACUUAGCUUCUGGCUUAGUUUGGGGUUGGGUUUUUUGUUUGUUUGUUUUUUUCUCUUUGCUUAUUGUUUCCCUUACUGAUGAAAAUCUUUCUGUUGUGAAUGAUAUUACCUUUUAGUCAAUAGGACUUGCAAACUGAGCUAAGUGAAAGCUGUUUUGGAUAAAUCAAAAUGUCAACCUGUAUAUGUAUAUUCUGUCAGUCUUUGUUGAAAAAAGGGAAGAUGAAAAAAAAAAAAUUCUAGAAACACUUUUCUUUUGGCUUUGUAAUGUCCCAGUUUACUAAAUCUUUAUUAUAGGGAUACACUGAAGUCAUGUUAACUUUAAAUUGCAGGUCUCCACACAGGUCUCUUUAUUUAAGCUGAACGUGUGCAUGUAUACAUUCCCAUCUACCAAAAUACCUUUACACAGGAGUCUAAAUGUUACCUAGAUUAAACAAUGAAUAGACAAGGAGAGAGUUUGGAUUUUUUUUUUUUUUUCCAGAAAAGCCACCACAAGGAAUGAAUUAUAACUUCUUUGCAUUUAUACCUCUACUGCCACCUCUAAUAAUAUCUUCUUGUGAGAAAAGUAACCCAGGCUAUGUCUAUAAGAGCUGUAAUUCUCUGAGAUGAGUGGCUAGUAUGGCCUCCUACAUUGGAACGGAAAAUGAGCCUCCUCCAGUUACCAAAGAACAGAUUUCUUGAUCUACAGUAUAACUGAGGCUAGAAGACCCUGGUACUUGUAUGAAUUUAUAUCAUCUCUGUAUCUAUUUAAUACCAUAAGUUGAUGUUGCAUACCAGUAAAUGUAGAGAAUGAUCAAAUAUUGUAACACCCGCACGAUGGGGUUUUUUUCUGGGAUAGAAAAUACUUGUUUAUAAUCCUGUUCUUGGAAUUCCAAACUAUGGGGUUUUUAAUCUACUUUACACUUAAGAUUUGACAAAAGUAAAAUGUUCUACCUGUCCUCCUUUCAGUUUUUUCCUUUUUAUUUGAUGUUACCUUCAUUUUUAAUAAAACCAGAAGGCACAUCUCCUUAUACAAGGUUUUUUUAAGACUAUGUCUUAAAUCUAUGAGGACUGCAAGGUCUUAAUUGUAGUUAUGUUUCCAUCUCUGCUACGUCAAGACCGCUAUUUUUAAAUGUGGUGUUUUUUUUUUUUAAUGGAAACAUGAAAAAAGAAAGCAACAGCAACAACAAAAAAGGAAAAGCAACAAAUAAACUGCCAAACAAAAAACCACAGCGGCUCCAGGAUUAGAAGUUGACACUGGAUUUUUAAAUGGGUUCUGUGAAGAGACUUAGAAGAGCAGACAAUAGAGAACUGCUAGAAGGUUUCCUCUUUGGGCAGGUACCGAAUAUCUGUGCUUAUUAUAAAGGUAUCCACAUCAUACAUGAGUGAGCUAAAAAAACAUUCAGUACUUUGUUUAAUCCUUUACUGUGAUUAGACAAGCUGUAAUGGCUACCAACACAGCGGCCAUUAGUUAUGGCUUUAAACAGUGGGAUAUCAUUUAUGUAUUUUUUGUCAGACUUAAUCAGUGCUUCAUGGUCCAUCCAGUUUCAAAGACACUUCUGCAGUGGGCAGCAAACGUAAAAAUUCUGAAGAAAUGUGUGCUUCAUGCACACUGUGGUAUACAGACUAUACAGCGCUCUUAAAAUAGUCAAGGUCCAUUUCUCUUUUCUGUCCUGUAUUUCAUUUGUGUUUUAAAUGCAUGUAUAAUCCCAGGUCCGAUACUGUAUACAGGAGGUGACUUGAUUUAGAUGUUGAUGUGUGUAUAUAUUGGGAGUAACUCCUCUGAAUCUAGCAAAGUUACAUGGAUGUGAAACUGGCAGAAAAGCAAACUCCAUGAAAUCUUUGUAUGGACUGUGCCAUGGUUUGGUUUGUUUUUUUUAAUGGAUUGAGCAUAGACCUCUAACAUCCUGGAAUUUUAUACUUGGAAGCAAUUCAUGUCACGAGUUGUAGAAUAUGUAUUUGUGAAGGAGCUGGCACCUGAUGGUGCGUAUUUUUGUCAGUCAUGAAAGCAGUGAUGCUUAUGAAAUGAGCCAUUUUGCAAUCAGAUUCCUGCUGACAUUAUUGGAAGUUUAAUUAGGUUGUCAGAAUAGCAUUCCUGCUGCCUUCAUAAAUAACCGCACAUAGAUUAUGGAACUACUUGGACUUUAAAAAUUUAGCCUUACAGCAGCGUUUUGCAGCACAGCUGGAAUGUGAGACACUUACGCUUAAUUUAUCUACAAGCUAAUGUAGAGUAAUAAAGAAAAGUGAUACUGAGGACUGGGGAAGCUGGAGGAUCAGACAUCUGUUGUAGUGAGCUGCUUUCUUAUUGUCAAGCAAAUUUGACGCACUACUUAGAGGUGUAUAAAAUGUGUAAAUUGUACUCAAUUAAAAUGUAUAACUAAAACUGAGCUACUUCACUGACUUUAUCUAACAGUAGAGCGAUACUGGCGUGGGAAUCGGAUGUCAAAUUGGCUGCUCCUAUUAAACAUCUCAAGUGUCACAGCUCCACACUGUUUCGUAAGCACAAGAUGAAACAAGAUGAAAACUGGUUUGAAGUCUGCUAUUGGGCUCCCAUACUGUCAGCAGGUGAUUGUUUCUUGUAGUAGCAAGGUUAAAGGGGCCGGUAGAUACAUCUGAAGGAAUGAUUUUUUAUGUGAAAAACUAAAAUACCUAUGAUUUACACUGUUUGAGCUUUCUGAAUGCUCCCCUGAACAAAGCAUACAAGGGGAGAAGGGGGGGG